CUGAAGACAGUACCAGUUCAUACAGCUAGUUAUACACCGCCUUUGUAAAACCUUAGGAUUACCCCAGCCCUUGUGCCGACUUUACUACAGAACAUGGAUAUGAUCAUGAUCGUUAUCGCCUGCUUGGUGUCUGGUUUGGGUGCAGUUUUUGGUGCCCCUGUGGAGUGCAAAGUUCCAAGUAAUCUUACCUUACAACAACAACACAACCAAGUAUUAGCGUCCGGGGGCGUUCUGUUACCAGGCACAGGAUCUGCUCAGAUUUCCCCCGAAUUCAUCAUCGAGCAUAACCUGUACGGAGACAGUUCUUGUCCCUCGGAUGCUGCGUCUGGGGCAACGGACCCCCUCGAAGAGCGUUCCAUUUGCCCCUGGUACGGCGUUAUUAACCACGACCCAACACGCUACCCUGCGACCAUGGUCGAAGCCAAAUGCCGAUGCAACAAAUGCAUCAACAACAACAUCAACCAGUGCGAACCUGUAAAGUAUAGAUUUUACAUACUUCGACAAACCUCCGUAUGCCAGGACGGAUACUACGUCUACACACCGGAAGAGAUAGACAUCUCCGUGGGGUGCACAUGCGCGAAACCCAGGUCAGCUGCCGCCAACCCUAUAGAUGGAGAUGUCCCAGAUUUUCCUUUUUAAUGCUAUCUGUUUCGGACCUUACCAGAAACCCGCCGUGUCAUGGAGAAUGGUAGAUCACAUUCAUCAAACUGGUAGUUUUUGGCAGCAUUUUAUGCACCGUUUUAUAUACUUUGCGAUAUAUAAACGCUGCAUAUCGCUCACUGACCACUUACCACGUGCCUUCAUCAUGUACCGUACCACAUAUUCAACAAUCCUGCAUAACUUAUCUACCCCGGAGUUAGCAUUUUUCGACUCACUCGCCCCAACCACCACCCAUAUUGUCGAUUUUUUAAAUUAGGGAUUGUGUCAUUUUUAAUGCUCAUUUUAUUGUAAAAUCAUAUGCUUUGCAUUACCCGGUUAAAUGUGAUAAUCAUAUCAAUAUUUAUAGAACGUUAUAAGUGUAUUAUUUAUUUAAACCACCGCCAUCCUUAAUGUAGUUCUAGAGUAUACGGCGUUAACAAAAACUUAUUAAUAUUUAUUUAUAUUUAAGUUAUUUUGGUAUGAAUGUAAUUUAAUUUGUAAAGUGAAUUUUUCUCAGAAAAAGUUGUAUGUGAAGUUUAACUUUGUGAGCAUGAAAUGUGUGCAAUUCUUUCCUGAGGUGAUUUUGUCUACGGUUUGUCACAGGAACAUUCCACUGACAAUCUGGUUUGGUAUGUUACUCAUUGUAAAUAUAACAUUUUGUUACUAUUUAUUAAUAUUGCAGUCAAACUGCGACAAAAGCCGCUCAAGUAUUAUUACAAGCUCGGUGACACAUACGUGUUGUUCACACACGGGGACUUUUGUCCGUGUAAAAGAAGAACCGCUGUACAGGGGGCGCUCGGCAUUCCUGAACAAGGAGUUGAGUUUCCGGUCGGACGGAGCACUCUCCACGACUUGGAAGCAGUCCUGCCUUCCUGUGACGUCCACAGCUACACAUUCCUGCGUCUCUGACUAAUCCUGUCUCAUUACCUUUGUAUCGCGUGUUUCUCUUUCUUAAAGAUGCGCGUGGGAAUUUUACACCAUUCACACUUCUGAGUUCGUUCAAAUUGCCCUUUGUUGUACGUUACCGUAAUAAUUUCAGAACAACUAAAUUGUACAGCUAUAUUCAGUGAUAAAUAAGCCAAAGAUUCAGCUGAUGACGUGAGCAAACGCGGGUAGAAGGAAAUAAAAGGACCCGCUAUAAUGAGAUGAAAUCCCGGACGCGCCUGAGACACCAGUGCAACGCCUUUAUAAGCUCUAAAAACAUAAUAAGCUUUUCAUCAAAAUUCCGAGCUGUAUAAAUAUUAGAUGAUGUUAUCCUUCUUGCCAAAAAAAAAAUAGUCCCGAUAAAAUGGAUGUCCACAAUAAAAAUAAGGAAGUGAAUAGUCCCGAAUGCAUUUAUAGUAUUUACUGUGCCUUUUUCAACAAUUGUUAUUAACUUUUUUUCACCAUGUUAUGUUGCUCAAUAUUGCCUUAUUUUAUUUAAAAUUUACAAUAAAGUUGUUUAUUUUUUAA